GUAUGUUGUUUACGUCUGGGAAAAUAUGGCAUGGUUUUUGAAUCGACUAAUAAUGAGUCCCUUAUUUUUAGUCUAUGGGUUUCUGGUUGUUUUUUAGCGAUGUGUAUGUAAAAGAAAUGCUUAAUUCUGGAAUGGAAGUUUUUGAUUUCUUUCGUAGCUACGAUAGCCCUCUACCUGAUAGCUUGAGUUGAAUGAAAACUCGAUACUUAGAGAAAUAAUUCAUUGUUUACGUAAAAAUGACUGAUGUUGUUUGCGUCAAUUGUGGUGAAUCUUGCCCUUUUAUUUUCAAACAGUUUGGUUCCGAUGUGAUAAAGUUGAACACUUGUGAAGCGUGCGGGGAGCUGGUAGAUCCGUAUGUGGAAGCCGAGUUAUCUGUUGUCGUGAUUGAUAUGCUAUUGCUGAGAAAAAGUGUUCUUCGCCAUGUGAUAUUCAAUUCAAAUCUUCAGGGGAUUUGGAAGCUCAUAGUAUUAUUUAUUUUGUGUGAUGCAUAUCAGAAAACUUCUCAAAAAGUCUCAUCAGAAAAGCCAUUUAAACACAUGACAGUCAUCAAUGAAAUAGAAUUCUACUUUUAUUUAAUGUGCUUUAAAGCAUUCUUAGAAUAUUUCAUAUUUUCUUCCCUGGUUGUCAUUGUCUUAUAUUAUUCGCGAAUGGUAAAUGUGAAAAGAUUUUCUAUCAAACACUUAUUCCAUAGUAUUAUUCUUGCAAGUUAUGGAAAAUUAUUUAUGCUACCAAUGAUUGUGUGGAGUAGAAGUGACAAAUAUUGUGAGAUUUUAAUAUCAACUUUUGUUUUUCUAUCUCAAGUACAAGUGAUUUGUGUUACAACCAAGCUAUCUAAUGCUGUUAUUGCUGCAGUUCCAGUUGUGGUUUUUGAAAUUGGUUACCUAGUUAUAAAAAAUAUGUUAUAAUCUUCUCUGCAAAAGAAAAUCUUUUGGAAAGAAAUAUAAUUAUGCAUUUCAAUGAACUUUUUUUUGUUUGUUUGUUUUUUAUUGUAAACUAUUUAUUUAUUUUUUUUUUCAUCUUUGCUAUAACAUCAACAAAUCUAAAUCGAUCCAAGUGGACAUAUACCACACCCUAAUCUACCAUAUUAUUGCAAUUUCUCAUCAUACAGUGUCUCUUUCCUUUUUUUUUUCUAGCUUGGGGUUUAAACAGUAGCGUAGACUCUGGUGACCCCCCCCUCGCAA